CAUUGGGGGUGCGAAUUUGGUCAGGCACACAUAUUGUUGUACACAUGUACCAAAUUAAAUAAUGACAGCAUAAGCUGCCAUGACAUUGCACCACAUGCACACACAAACGGAACAAUACAGGAUAUCACAUCUAAGUUGCUUUAAUUGAACAUUUGCAGUUGAUGUGACUAGAACUGUUCUAACGUUGGCAGAAAUGUUUGCUUUCAUGUAAGACCACUUCACUAUUAGUAAAAAAGCUUAGUGAGAAAAUAGGCUUUAAAGAUUUUUGUGCCAUGGGGUUGUGGCCUUUGAAAUUUUAACUUGUGACUCUUAGCUAUAGCAUCACAAUCUAGAUGUUUUUGCUGUCAUCAUUUAUUCCACAUGUAUUCCCCUUACAGAAGUUCCACAGUGGAAAGGUUGAAGUACUUUGCCAGAAUAGGAAAGUAACCACCAGAUAUCCUCAGUGUUUGAUUGGCUGCUUUAGUGCCAUGCAGUUAGUGUGAUUCUUCAGGUUAACACUGCCAGUCCUGUUUCGUGCCACAGCUCAUGUCAUAGAUGUAAAAUAGUUUGAAUCGAAAAUUGCUGCCAUGGAAAUGCGGACAGGUAAACAACACCUCUAGUUGUGGUUUCCAUGAAACGCUGGACUGUAGAACAGCCAGCAAACCAUAAAUAAAAUAGACAUGAGACCCUUCUGUGUGGUAAAGAAGUACUUAUGGUUCAAAGUUGACUUUAUGCAUCUGUGUAUGAAUAUCUUCCAAGCUGCAAGAUACAGUCUGUAAAACUUUACACCAUAUAUUAUCUUAAAUCUGUGGUGAAACAGCAUCGCUGCCUGCCUUUUUUUUAUCAUUUGUUGUCUCUGAGCGCAAGGCAGAGAUGGUGCUGCAGAGAGGAGGAAAAAAAAGGCACAUCAAGCUUUGUAGAGAGCAUGACGUGCCUUCUCAUUGUUCACACUGCAAAGAGUUGGGUUUUACCACACUUUGUGUGUGUGUGGGGGGGGGGGGCAGGAAGGGGCAUUGAUAGAUCAGCUGAACAGUUUCACAUGAAACAUGCCAGCAUGGGCAGGAUGCAGAAGAAGCCAAGUGCAGCAGCCGUACGACAGUUGUAUUAAUUUUGAAAUAAAGCAUAUUCUAGAAAUUACACCAGGAAACUUCUUGUGUGUCUGGGUAGCAUGUGAGCUUCCUAUUUUAGAUCUGUUGGUGCUACGAGCUCUUAAGCAACACUUUGUGCUGUUUAUAAAGGAAGAGUUGAAAAAACGAGAAGAUUGCAACAUGUGGAGCAAUUUUUAGUCUCUAGGACAUGAAGUAACUGAACCAGCCCAACUCAUGGCAGUUCACAGUCCAGUCAAUGGGACGACAGCCAUCCCAUGGAGAAGCAGCAGGAGGAGACUGUCGCUACUGGAGCAGCUAAAGGGCUGUCAGGAGGCCUGGUGCCCUGGGGCACCGUGGGAUAGAGAGGGGGCUCACGCCGCUAUCUCUGGAACUCCUGCUGGGAGUUUCCUGGUUGUGCGGGACUCCGUGACGUCUCAGCCCAGCCUGUUGUGUGUGUCUGCUGGGGGAGACAGUGAAGCCGUUCUUGAUUAUAAAAUCAAAUGCACAGGGACAGUCUUCCAACUGUCGGAGUCACGCCUGUCUUUCUCUGACUUGGCUCAGCUGGUGUUCUUCUACUCUCUGACCAGGGAUGUGUUGGCUGUUUGUCUGUCUAUUCCUCAGUGGAUCUACAGUGCAGCUGACAAGAGCAAAAAUCGUCUCUCUCAGCUUGAACCCAAAACUUGGCUCUGUGCACCGGCCAACCAGCAGACUGAUGAAAUGACCCACUGGGAGCCAAGCACUGUGAUGUGCUCCAUCCAACUGACUUCCACAAAUGGUGCCGUGUGUAUCAUCAAUCCUCUCUACCUUCAUGAGCAUGGAGAUGAAUGGCUGACCAGCAAAGAAAAUGCUGUACAGUGCUCCACAGUGCCAUUCAAUUACAGACGAGAGCGACGCCUAAGCAGCACUCGAACAUGGGCAGGGGCGGGGCUACAAAGUAAACGAGCCAUCUCACUGGACCAGGUACCAUCUGCUGCCAGCACAGACAGUUCAGGUCUCAUCAGAGCCCAGUCAGCUGAUUCAACACAUUGCACCUCCUCAACACCACCUGCUCCAGAAGGGGUCAUCCUCCGGCGGCCCAGCCAAGAUGCUACCUGCAGCCACCCACACAGAGCAAGCACAGGGAGCUUGCCUCCAUCUACUCCCUCCACCCUUGGAAGUUUAGGUACCACAGGGUCUGAGCUGCAGAACCAUGGCAGCCCCGUGCCUCAGUCUCCUCACCGAGUGUCCUGGAUUGAAGAUGGAGUCUGGUUACCCCCGCCCAGACCUUCCUCCUUGCUCCAGCCCCCAAUGCUUGAGCUUGACUCACUGUCAAUCAGCAGCAUAGAGGAAGAGCAGGAGUCCCACGUGCCAAGCCCCACACCCCACCAUUCGUCCCCACACCGGUUAGCUGACAAGGUCAUAAAUCGUCUCUCCGCAGUGGGCCAGGCUCUCGGUGGGCUGGUAAGUCAAAGGAAAAGACUGAACAACCGUGUGCAGGAGAUGAGUGAGCGGAAAGGUGGGGCAUUUGCAGAGACUGUGAAGGAGUUUGUGGAGAUGACACUGAAGAGAGGGACUGAUCCCGCCAGGGACAUGGGGUUUGAAUUCUUACAGGAAGUGAGAUCAUCACUUACAUCCCUGAGGGAGACACUGUUGGACUAUCCAGAAUUCCAGUCGUUGUUGGACAGUAUUACUGACCUAAGUGACUUGGAGAUAGACACACUGGUAGAGCUCUCGCUCCACAAAGUGGCUCUGAAGCCAGUCUCCGCGCACCUCUGCUCCUGUAUUCACACCUCCCGGACCAAUGAUGGCACCUUCGGGCGUCUCCAAAGCAACCUGCGCCUGCUGGAAAAGAACAGUGUGGAGGAACUAGGAGGGUCCCUGGGAGUUGGAGUUCCUGACUGUGUCAGCCUGGAGCGGAUCCAACAGAGGUGGACUAGUAUGCAUGAGGCCUACUCCCCGGAUAAGAAGGUCCAGAUCCUGCUCAAAGUCUGCAAGAGCAUCUAUCACAGCAUGAGUGCUAAUGCUAGUUCAGCACGUACCGUUUUUGGAGCAGAUGAUUUCUUGCCCUGCCUGACAUGGGUGCUGCUCCGUAGUGAUGUGGUCACCUUACAGGUUGACACAGAUUACAUGAUGGAGCUGCUGGACCCAACACAGCUACAGGGAGAAGGUGGCUACUACCUUACAACUAUAUACGCCUCUCUUUACUACAUCAGCAGCUUUCAGCCACGACUGCCUGCUCGUCAGCUCAGCGUGGAAGCCCAACACUCCCUUAACCAGUGGCAUCGUAGGCGCACACUGCACUGCGAACAAUCUCGUCGCAGCAAGCAUCGAAGAACUAUUCGCAGGCAGGCAUGUCAGGAAAGGGGCUCACAAAACUCUGAGACAAAGACUGGAAGUGCAGAGGAAAGUGGGGAAGCAAAUGAUUCUGUUGAUAUUGAUGAGUCACAGCAGCAGAUGGAAAGCAUCAGAGAGGCUCUUUAACUGCUGAUGGAAGAGUCAGAGAGAGGACAAGGAGCUGAAAAUCAAUCACAGACAUCUACGCCAGCAUCAGUGUCACCAGCAAGAUGUAAUAAGGAGUAAACAAGAAAACCAAGCCUUUAUGUACAGCAGGAACCCAAGAGGCUUGCAACUGAGUGAAGAGGAAGAAGGGACUCGAUGGAAAAACCGCAACCUGCUGACCACACAUUUAGAGAAGGACAGAUUGUCUGUGGGUUAAACUCACCCUAAAGUUGCCACAUAAACUCUUAACUUCCUGUCCUUCCUGUCCUGCCAAAGAAAGCUUUGGAUUAGUGUCAACAUUAUUUAAAGUCAGUUAAUUAGGAACAUUGCUGGAUUCAAUCACAAGAUGAUAAAAUUAUAUUUUUAAAUGAAUAAGUGUCACAUUUUAGCUUUUCCAUACAAAAUACUGGGCACUUUUUAACCUCAAGGUCUAGAAACCUUUCAAAUAAAAAUUCAGGGAAGAAGAAAAAAAAAUUACUCAUCUAUGAUGAGGCCAUAAUUUAUGACAAGGGGUCACAAUAUACACUGCUCCUCUUUAACAGGUCAUGUGCCAAAAUUACAUUUUAUAUGGUGAAACUCGAAUUUUAAUUUUCAUAUGCUGAUUAUUUAAUGUAAUUUUAAAUGUGUAAAUAUAUUUUGACAAUAAUGAGCAAAGAGAAUAAAGUAAUAGAAAUAAAAAAUCUGUUUUCAGCAUCCGUUUGUGUGUCUCAUUCUUAUCUCA